AUUAAUGCAAAUUGGAGGUGGCAGAAAUGGCAAAUCUUGUUCCAGGCGUUCUUUUGAAGCUUUUACAGCAUAUGAACACUGAUGUUAAGGUUGCCGGUGAGCAUAGGUCGUCUCUAUUACAAGUAGUGAGUAUAGUUCCUGCAUUAGCAGGUGGCGAGUUGUUCUCUAACCAAGGCUUUUACCUCAAGGUUUCAGAUUCAUCUCAUGCUACAUAUGUGUCAUUGCCUGAUGAGCAUGAUGAUUUAAUUCUUAGUGAUAAGAUCCAAUUAGGUCAGUUCAUUCAUGUCGAACGGUUGGAAUCCGCUUCGCCGAUUCCAAUUAUUCGUGGGGUUCGGCCAGUUCCCGGUCGACACCCUUGCGUAGGGAGCCCUGAGGAUAUUGUUGCAACUCAUUCUCCUGGCUUCCUUAAUGGUAAAUGUUCAUUUGGUUCAAAACUUGGGGAGAAAGUUAAGUUAGGUAGUGGUUAUGGUGGGGAGAAAGGGAAACCUGUUGGGACUAGAUCAAAUGGAGGAUUAAAGGAUGAUCAAAUUGAUAAGAAAACGAAAACGAAUUCUUUGACUCGAUCGAAUUCUCUAUUGAGUAAACCGGCUUUGAGUGUGGAUGUGAAGAGGGGUUCUUUAGGGAUACUGAAGGCAUUAAGUUCGCAAUCGAUUCCUUCAUCCCCGACGAGUUGUUAUUCGUUGCCUACUUCUUUUGAGAAGUUUGCCACUGGGAUUAAGCAUCAGCCUGAAAUAAAGGGGCUGAGGAAAGGAAGUCCCAAGGUGGGAUCUGUGGAGAAGGCGAACACUCUUCAUGGGGCGAAUUCGGCCGGAAAACAGGUACCUGUGAUUAAAACUCUUGUUCAAGGGACCGAGUUAGGGGCCAAGGCUUUGAGAAAGAGCUGGGAAGGGAAUAUGGAAGUGAAGGGUAGGGAGCAUUCGAAUACACCGAGGGCUACCAAGCAUGAUAUCAAGGGAGAAUCUGGGAGCUCUUCUGGUACAAGAAAAAACAUAUCAAGUGGAAAGUUACCAUCCAAGGAGGGGACUAAGCUCCAGACAUCUACAAGACCGUUAAAAGAGGAGAGCAAAUCUCAGGUGUCAACUAAGAAAGCUGCGGCAAAUGGAAUGUUGAGUGACCACGAGAAACAUCAUGUUGGGAUGAAACCCGGAGAGCCAACUAAUAAUGGUGGCUUGGGGAACCUAGUUAAGGUUGCGAUAAAUAGUAAAAGGUUGACAAAUGGAAGUGGUGUUUCAUUGGGCUCACUCCCUUCUUCCCUCUCGAGGCUUGGAAAGGUAUGCACAUGCGACUUUUGGGAUCUCUAUACAUUCCUAGCUUUUAUAUGCAAGUCUUUGUUAGGAUUAUUUCGUAAAAUGGUUGCAUAUGCUAUUAGAAAAUUCGCUUCGAAUAAAAACAUCAAGCACAGAUUCGAUAGUUUAGAGGUCAUGAGACACAGGGAUGCAGCUGAAACAGCUGCAAUAGAAGCUUUGGAAGAGGCUGCAGCUUCCGAUAGCGUACUUAGAUGUUUAAGCUUAUAUUCCAAUCUUAUGACCUCUGCCAAGGAAGACGACCCUCAGCCUGCAGUGGAUCGGUUCUUGACCCUAAACUCAAGCUUGAAUAAUGCUCGUAUGGUUGCAGAUUCUUUAUCGAGAACUAUUCCAGUCGGUUCAUCUCCGGAAUCAGAAGGAACCCCGCCAGAAGAGGUUGUAAAGGUUGCAUCGGAUAGACGAAAAUAUGCAGCUUCAUGGGUGCAAGCUGCAUUGGUUACCGAUAUGUCAUCUUUCUCUGUAUUUACAAAAGAACAUAAUUCGAAGCCGACUCAUGGUUCAGCACCUGCACAAAGCCAGAAGACUAUCCCUGCCAACCAAAACAUAUUAAUUCUCGAGAGUUCAGGUAAGAAUGGCACCACAAAAUCCCAAGGAAAAACCCGUCCGGUAGUUGUUUCGAAGCUUGUAGCACAGGGUGUUAUUCGCAAAGCCGGGAACGGUUCAGGCCUUGUUCCCAAGGCUGUCGUCCAACCACUACCGGAAAUAUGGACAAGGGGAAAUGGCCUUGAUGAGGCUGUUGACAUGGCUGAUAUGUUGCGAAUGGAAUCCCAAUACUGGUUCUUCGGAUUCGUCGAGAAAUUCUUAGAUGCCGAUGUAGACCUGUCUGCUCUAUCCAACAGUGGUCAAAUAGCCGGGAUGUUGACGCAGCUCAAGAGUGUCAAUGACUGGUUAGACGAAUUUAGUUCAAGUAAAGACGAAGGCGAGACACCCGUGAAUGUUUCAACGGAAACGGUCGAUAGGCUGAGGAAGAAAAUAUAUGACUAUCUUCUUACGCAUGUCGAAUCUGCCGCCGCCGCUCUAGGUGGCGGAUCGCAGCCGUCACCGCCCAUCCGAGCAGUUCAAACUAAUGCGAGAAAGUGACUCAUUGGAUCUUCAUGAAACACGGUUAGGCACAACAACAAAUAUCGGAAUCU